CCCAGAAAUAACACAAGGUACAACAAGCUCCUCCAAAAGCUCCGCAAAGACACAUUUUUCAUUGUUGUUGGCAGUUCGAAAUUCGAGCUACACCACACUGUCUAUAACGUUUUGAGUCAAUUUCAUGACAUGAAGAUGAUUUAUGACAUUUUCCUGAUACCUGAAAAGGGAAAGAUUAACAUUUACACUUCUUUCCCGUACAGUAGGAAUCACUGUGCAAGAACUGGACCUCCAACCAAAAUCAAUUCUUUCAUUGGUGGAAAGUUCUCAAAGAGGACUGAUUUGUUUCAAACAGGAAAGUACUGGAAUAUGUAUGGAUGUACUCUGACUUGCUUAGCCAACAGGCAACCCCCUGAGGCAGUGUUGGCCUUUGACAAAAGUGGUGGUAUUGUAUUUCAAAAACUGACAAAGGAAUUAAUGGAUAUUCUGGUCGAAAAACUAAACUUCAAGCCCAAAAUUGUGCUCACAGCAAGUCAUAAUUCUUCUUUGGAGCGAAGUUGGUUCUUUUACAAUGACACUAUAGACCAAAUUACCGAGUACCUGGCGAACCAGAGAGUGGACUUUGCUAUGGGAGUGUUUUCUAGAUUCGCUUUCUCCAACUUCUCUGCCAUUAUUUUUGGUAAAGAGACCCGUUUUGAAUGUUACACAUGGGCAGUGCCAAUACGGGCCGGAAGGAAACGCUCUGUUAUAAUGAACUACAUAGACGAAUUCUCUCCAAGCUUUUGGAUGUUGUUUAUUUUCUGUGUUAUUUGUGCAGUAUUCUUUAUUGUUUGCAACACUACAAUUCUUGGGGAAAACACAUUUCUUCAAUCACCACUAAAUGCCUUUCAGUAUAUUUUAGCCACAAUACUGAACCAACCGUUCCCUGUGAAGCCCAAAUCUUGGUCUCUACGCAUCUUCAUCGCACACUGGCUGGUCUGUGUUCUUGUGAUUACAACAGCUUACCAAGCCUCCCUCUGGAGUUUCAUGACCAUCCCCUGGAGAGUUCACAACAUCCACUCUCUACAAGACCUCCUAGACUCUUCCUUGGAGAUUGGAGGGGCUCAGCAAAUGCACAACAUCUUGAAAGCCAUCCGCAGCAACAACGAGAACAUUAAGAAAAUGAUACAGAAAUUCAAAGUCCUACCGGCUUCUGAUUUCAAAGAUAUCAUUAACAGAAUCGAGAAGCAAAGGAACUUUGCUGUUUUUGGUGAAAAGAGACACCUCAGCUCUUACUCUAAGGAUAUUGACAAGAUUUUUGACAAGGACAGAGUUUACUUUGUCGAUGGCUGUCUAAUGCAAUCACUGGCUACACCGCUGCUGUUCCCAAGAGGCUCACCGCUCUACGAACCCAUCAACACCAUGCUCAUACGCUUGUUACAGAAUGGACUGGUUCAAAAGUUUGGCACUUUUGCAGGUGAUUAUAACCGGAGAGAUACACUUACUCAAACUGAUGAUAUUCCACAAUAUGUAUACACUAUGAAUCUAACUCAGUUUCGUGGCAUCUUCUUAAUACUUCUCUUUGGUUAUGGCAUAUCUUUUGUCGUGUUUAUUUUUGAGCUUUUCAUGGCCAAUAUGAUCAUAAAUAGGCGAAAAGUAAUUGUGAUAACUGGUCCUAAGUUGUACAGUCAUCGUUUUUAAUUUGAUUCAAGGCUUUUAUUAUAAAGUUAGACGAAUAACUGUUGAAGAGUAUUAUACAUCGUAACAAGUCAGAAGUUACAUCAAGAGGAGUCCCUCAAGAUUCCAUAUUUGGCCCCUAAAUCUUUAUGUGUAAUACAAAAGAUAUGCUACA